UUCAGAACAAACUGUAGAGAGAUUUUACCCAUAAUACUUUGAGCUGCAUGAUAAAUCAGUAACAUUGAGAUGAUACAAAUGAUACAAAUGUGUAUUAAAUCCUCAUAGAGACAGCAACAACUGUGUGUGUGUGUGUGUGUGUGUGUGUGUGUUAAGGUGAGUGAUGAUGAUGUGUAUCUGCUUUUCUCAAACUCUAAGGCCCGGUUUCACAGACAGGGCUUAGACUAAUCCAGGAUUAGACCUUAGUUCAAUUAGGGCAUUUGAGUAUCUUUUAUAAACCUACCCUAGAAAAAAAACAUCAUCUUGAGACACAACAAUGGCACUGACAUAUUUUAAGAUAUGCUUUCAGUUCAAACAGCUCAAACAUGCGUUUUAGUCUAGACUAGCUUAAGCCUUAUCUGUGAAACCGGGGGUAAUUGUUUUGAUGGAAAUUACAUUCAUUGCAUUUUUUAUUGUAGUGACACAUAAAUGCAUAAAUUGUUUUUUAUUACUAUCAAAUGUACCUUUCAGUUGAAAUGAUCAAACAGGAUUCAUUACAAAAUGAACAGAUUGAGGAUAGUGUGGAUUUGAAUAAUGAAAUAACAGAAAUAUAAUGUAAGAAGUGAAGAUGUGGAAAAUGACAUUAGUAGUGGAGAAAAUAGAGAAAUGACAGUUCAAAAUGUGAGUAAAAUUGUGAUGCAGAAGAUGACGACACUGGUGGACAUUCAGCUUCUCACCGUCUCUUUUAAAUGAGACAGUUACAUUUAGUCAUUUAGCAGACACUUUUCUCCACUGUUAAUGUGUCACACUUCACAGGAUAGGUCUUUUUUUUCUGAUUGUUUGAGUGUAGCUUUAAUUUGCCAUUUAAAACAUCAAAUAAUUCAGACUGCUGCACAAUAGCGUGUUUUUCCUUUCCAUAGUGAGAAAUCAUACACAAAGGUGAAAUGGUCAUUUUCAUCACCAGUAUCCUUAUAACCUAACAAUGAAUGAAUAAACCUGUUUCAGGAAGUAUUCGUUCAUUCCCAGGUUCUGGAAAAACUGUGCAACACUGCCUCCUGGAGGAAUAUACUUACAAUGACAAUUACUGUUCAUUCAACUACUUCUGUUAAACGAGGUCUUGAUGUACAGGAGUAAUGUCUGUCUCAGAGAAAGUACAUCAAGCACAUUGUGUAAGUGUGGUUUAACCAGGCUAUAGAUUUUAUAAAUUAUGAUUUAAACUUGCUGACCAUAUCAGAGAAGUUACAAACACUUAUAGUCACUAAAUGACCAGAGGUGUUUCCUCUGCGGAGGCAAGAGAGGCAGUGCCUCCUCAAAAAACUGGAUGAUAAAAUAAUCCAUAUUACAAAAAUAAAAUGGCACAAAUAUUACAAAAUGUUACAUUAAAAGUGUAUAAAUUACUCAUUUUUCUAAAGUUACACUGUCCAACACCCACGGCGGGUAAACAUUGAGAGUCUGCGUCUCUCUUGCCUCCAAUGAGCCCAAUGAGUUUUAACCAAAGACUUUAGAUAUAACAGACCCUCUAAAGCGUGGAGCAUCAACUGAUAGUUUUAAUAGUUUAUAACAUGUUCAAAAUUGUUUCUAAAUUAAUUCACAAAGGCACAGAUGUCACAUUUGUAGUUACAGUCCCCCGUUGAGCAGUAGUUACAUGCCUGAUAAAACAGAAGUGUGGCCACAACAACCACAGAGCAAGAGAGUGCUGCUUAAUAAUAAUAAUAAUAAUAAUAAUAAUAAUAAUAAAAACAUUUCAACUUCUGGCUCAUGUUUUCUUGAAUUUAAAUAAUUAAUUUGUUUUUUAGAUUAUCUUUAACCAUUAGGCGAUCAGCAGAUCAACAAAAUCUGAAGCAUUUAUCAUGGAGAAAUACAAAUUAUCCUCAAAUAGUUAUCUGGAUUAGAAAACAAUAUUUGAUUAAUAAAGCAAUAACUUCCUCACUCACGAUGUGCUUUGGCUCUAAACUGGGAGUUCCUUCAAUUGUAAACAAAAAAUCAAGAUUGAAGAUCUGUUAUGGUUAAUUCAUGUACGCUAUAUUGUCCAGCAGCAGCAUGUCUUACUUGCUCACAGCAGUGUGUUGUGUUUGUAUUGGCAGGAGCAAGUGGCAAAAGCGUAGCAGAUCUAUUCCACCAAGACCGAACAUACCAAUAUUGUCAUAUCCAUUAUCACUCCUAGAGUUGUCAAGACAGAAAUAAUGUUAUGCUGAAAGAUUUUUAAUUGGCAUGACUAAUCUGUUGUUCCACAUGUACUGCUCUGUUUUGAGCAAAUGUGCAGAGACAGCAAAGCUAAUCUCUCUCAUGGGCUUGAUUUUGUUAAUUUACACAUUGCACUAAAUGUUGAUUUUUUUUUUUCCAGUAUCCUGUAUGUGUAUCCUGUUGGCCAAAUCUGAUUCUGCUUUGAGAAAAGUGGAAUAAGUAAUAUAAUGUGCCAUUCAAUUAUUUUCUGCAUUUGGAUGGGUCAUCACAAGUAAAAUGGCAGAAGCCAGGAUUUCAGUGGAUCAGAAUGCGUUCACGUGUCCGGUGUGUCUGGAUCUCCUGAAGGAUCCAGUGGCCAUUCCCUGUGGACACAGUUACUGUAAGAGCUGUAUUACAGGCUGCUGGGAUCAGGAGGAUGAGAAGAGAGUCUACAGCUGUCCUCAGUGCAGACAGACCUUCAGUCCAAGACCUGCUUUAGGUAAAAACAACAUGCUGGCUGAAGUGGUGGAGAAACUGAAGAAGACUAAACUUCCUGCUGACUGUUACGCUGGAGCUGGAGACGUGCAGUGUGACGUCUGUACUGGAAGAAAAUACAAAGCUGUCAAGUCCCGUCUGGUGUGUCUGGAGUCUUACUGUCAAACUCAUUUUGACCGUCAUGAGGAAUUUCACUCUCGUAAACCACACAAAGUGAUCGAUGCCACUGGACGACUGCAGGACAUGAUCUGCCGUAAACAUGAUAAAGAGCUAGAAAUGUACUGUAUCACUGAUCAACAAUGCAUCUGUUUGUGGUGUAAGGAGUAUGAACAUAAAAACCACAACACUGUAUCAACUGCAGCACAGAGGACAGAGAAACAGAAACAGCUGAAGGAGACGCAGAUGAAGAUCCGUCAGAGAAUCCAGCAGAGACAGAAAGAUCUUCAGCAGCUGAGAGAGGCUGUGGAGUCUCAUAAGCGCUCUGCACAGACAGCAGUGGAGGACAGUGAGAAGAUCUUUACUGAGCUCAUCCGCUCCAUUGAGAGAAGCCGCUCUGAGGUCACACAGCUGAUCAGAGAUCAGGAAGAGGCUGCAGUGAGUCGAGCUGAAGGACGACUGGAGCGACUGGAGCAGGAGAUCAAUGAUCUGAGGAGGAGAGACGCUGAGCUGGAGCAGCUUUCACACACACAUGAUCACAUCCAUUUCCUGCAGAGUUUCCAGUCUCUCCCAGCACCUCCUGAAUCUACAGAUGAACCCGACGAUCCCUUCAGUUCUCUCUCCUCUUUUGAUGGCAUGAGAGAAUCUGUCCAUCAGCUGAGAGACAAACUGGAGGAUUUCUGCAAAGAGGAGAUCAAGAAGAUCUCUGGCAGAGUCACAUUCACCGACAUGAAUCCCAAGACCAGGAACGACUUCCUACAGUAUUCCCACCAGCUCACUUUGGAGCCGAACACCGUGUAUAAACGCCUCUGUCUGUCUGAGAGAAACAGAGUGAUUACUGUCUCUGACACAGUCCAGCUGUAUCCUGAUCAUCCAGACAGAAUUGAUCAGUGGUAUCAGGUGUUGGGUAGAGAGAGUGUGUGUGGACGCUGUUACUGGGAGAUUGAGUGGAGUGGGAGUGUGUAUAUAUCAGUGUCAUAUAAGAGCAUCAGCAGGAAGGGAUCGGGUAAUGAGUGUGUGUUUGGAUUUAAUGAUCAGUCCUGGAUGUUGAGCUGCUCUUCCUCCAGUUACUCAUUCUAUCACAAUAAGAUAAAGACUGAUCUCCCUGUAGAGUCCAUCAGCUCUAGAAUAGGAGUGUAUGUGGAUCACAGUGCAGGAACUCUGUCCUUCUACAGCGUCUCUGACACAAUGAGCCUCAUCCACACAGUCCAGACCACAUUCACUCAGCCGCUCUAUCCUGGGUUUAAUGUUUGGACCUCUGGAUCAUCAGUGAAACUGUGUUGAUGUUUCAGAACAAACUGUAGAGAGAUUUUACCCAUAAUACUUUGAGCUGCAUGAUAAAUCAGUAACAGUGGGAUGGGAUGAUACUUUCUGUUAUUUUCUCUUCAUGACAUUAAUACUGCUGAUGUUUUAUAAUAAUAAUAAUAAUAAUAAUAAAAAUUCCUUACAUUUAUAUUGCACUUUUCUGGGUACUCAAAGCACCAUCAACGUGCAGCACCACCUGGAUGAUGCGACGGCAGCCGUAUUGCUCCAGAACGCCCACCACACACCAGCUGAUUGGUGGAGAGGAGACAGAGUGAUGAAGCCAAUCAGUGUAUGGGGAUGAUUAGGAGGCCAUUAUG